ACUUACCAUCCUCCCCUCCGUUGUCAUGUCAACCGAGGACACGUGCGCGGCGCUGUGAUUGGUUGAGACUGUGCGACGGUCAGUACGUGCAGCGGGACCCUCCGAGCACCGAGCAGGACUCCCGGUGCUCCGGUACUGUUCCGGUGUGCAGCGCUGAGAGCUGCACGUAUAAAGCAGCCCGGAGACUCUCAGAGAGGAGCUGCAGCAUGUCGGUGACCGGAGGGAGAAUCCAGCAGACCGGAGGAGCUUCGUCAUCAUCACACACAGAGAGAAAACGUGCCAACACGAACUCCCAGCCGAGUAAUGGCCACGAGCAGCAGGCUGGUAACGGGUGUGACCACCAGGGUCCAAACCAGGAGCACAGAUCACAGCGUGUCGAUGGAUCAAAGACGAAGGCGCUGCCCACUCCAAUCCCAGACCCCCCAAUCCUUUACACUAAGUUGUUCAUCAAUAACGACUGGCAUGAGUCAUGCAGCGGCAGGAAGAUUCCUGUGUAUAAUCCCACCACAGGGGAGCUGCUGUGUGAAGUGGAGGAGGCUGACUCAGAAGAUGUGGAUGAGGCAGUGAGAAGCGCCAGGGCUGCCUUCCAGAUGGGGUCACCAUGGCGAUCCAUGGACGCCUCAGAUCGAGGUCGUCUACUAAACAGACUUGCUGACUUAGUGGAGAGAGAUCGGCUCCUACUGGCAACUCUUGAGGCCCUGGACUGUGGAAAAGUGUUCCUCAUGGCGUACUUUGUAGAUCUGAUGGCCACAAUAAAGACCUUGAGAUACUACGGUGGCUGGGCUGAUAAAAUUCAUGGCAAAACCAUCCCUGUUGAUGGAGAGUAUUUCACUUACACGCGACAUGAGCCCAUUGGAGUAUGCGGACAGAUUAUUCCUUGGAACUUCCCGGUAAUGAUGUUUGUUUGGAAGAUUGCUCCUGCUCUGUGCUGUGGGAACACUGUAGUCAUCAAACCUGCAGAGCAGACCCCAUUAUCAGCUCUGCACAUGGCUGCACUCAUCAAAGAGGCUGGAUUUCCUCCUGGAGUGGUGAACGUGGUGCCUGGUUAUGGUGAGACAGCAGGCUGUGCCAUUUCCCACCACAUGGACAUAGACAAAGUAGCCUUUACCGGAUCUACUGAUGUUGGGAAACUCAUCCAGAAGGCUGCAGGUGAAAGUAACUUGAAAAGAGUUACACUAGAGCUUGGUGGAAAAAACCCAAAUAUUGUCUUUGCAGACUGUGACUUGGAGCACGCAGUGGAGCAGGCCCACAGUGGUCUGUUCUUUAACCAGGGCCAGUGCUGUCUGGCUGGAUCCAGGGUGUUUGUAGAGGAGCCAGUCUACGAGGAGUUUGUCCGUCUCAGUGUAGAAAGGGCCAAAUCCAAAGUCCUGGGAAACCCACUGCUCCCAGGGGUGGACCAGGGACCACAGAUUGACCAGAAGCAGUUUGAUAAGAUAAUGGAGCUGAUAGAGAGCGGGAAGAGAGAGGGCGCCACACUGGAGUGUGGUGGGUCCAUGUGGGGUCAGCAGGGACUUUUCAUCCAACCUACCGUCUUCUCAAAUGUCACAGACGAUAUGCUCAUCGCCAAAGAAGAGAUUUUUGGUCCAGUGCAGCAGAUCAUGUGUUUCCGCAGCAUCAGUGAAGUCAUCCAGAGAGCCAACGCCACACACUAUGGCCUGGCGGCAGGAGUGUUUACUAAUGACAUUAACAAAGCCCUCACAGUGUCGUCUGCUCUACAGGCUGGGAUAGUCUGGGUGAACUGCUACAAUGCCAUGAGUGCUCAGUGUCCAUUUGGUGGCUUCAAGAUGUCUGGGAAUGGACGGGAACUGGGAAAAUACGCUCUUCAGGAGUACACAGAGGUCAAAGCAGUCACCAUUAAAAUCUCACAGAAGAACUCAUAAUAAUGCUGGACUGAUUCUUUACUGAAUCCAUCCCAUAAAUUCAGAUCCUCCAGAGGCAUUUUGAAGUAAUCCUAUGGCACCUGGAUGUUUAGGAGGCAUUGUUAUUUUUGUGGUGUUUCAUGAACAUUUGUCCCUGUUUUCUACAUCUUAUCACAGUUACAAUGUGACUGACUUUCCAUUAUCAAUAAUCUUUGUUCUCUAAAGUGGUGUUUCUCUUAUUUGUGUCAUAGUUUAGAAAGCCUUCUUUUGGUCAGACAGAACAACUUAAAAAGCACUUUGUCAGAAAUCUGUUGUUUUAUUGGGCAUUAUACAAAAAAUAGAAAGACAAUUUACAAAUUAUUUACAGGGAUUUCCAAAUGAAAUCAAUAAAAGUGUCCCGUAUCAUUAACCAGUAAACCUUACACUCAUGUCAAUGUAGUAAACAGGAUCAAGCCCACUUCUUGCAACGUAUAUGGAAACAUAGUUACUGUGUGAUAAUUUUGUUUUUACUCAUGUUGUACUAUUAAAACAGAUUUUAAAAAUGUUCUGUAAUUUCUGUUUGUUUAACCCUCCUGUUGUUCUCACUUACGAGCACCAAAAAAUACUGUUUCCUUGUCUGAAAAAAUCCAAAAAUUGAACAAAAAAAUUCCCCAGAUUUCUGAAAAUUUGCAAAACCUUCAGGAAAAAUUCCAAUAAUUCCUUAAAAGUUUCCCUUAAAAGUUUUAUAUAUAUAUAUAUAUAUAUAUAUAUAUAUAUAUAUAUAUUAAAAUCUCCCAAAUUUGGCAAGAAAUUCUUGUAAAUAUUUUCAAAACAUUAGUAAAAAUCUUCCGAAAAAAAAUCCUAAAAAUAUCUAAAGUGAUUACAUAUACAUCAGUAAAACUUCUCAUGUGUUCUUUAAGAAAAUUCAGCAAAAUUCAUUGGAUUUUGGUUGAUAUUGUUGGGAAUGUUCUUAAGAAACAUUUUUAACAUUUCUUUUUUCCACCAAAAAAAUUCAGAACUUUCCCAAAAAUGUUGAAAAUGUGGAGAUCAGAAGUUUCACUGUGAAUUUUUUCUCUCCACAUUUUCAAGCUUUAAAACGGGUCAGUUUUGACCCACAGGACGACACGAGGGUUAAAGAAAGUAUCACUGCAAUACUUACAGACUUUAUCCAGUUAUAAAUUUUUUAGCAGGUUUGCAAUACUACUCUGAAACUUUUCGAAUAUGCAAUAAAUUUACUAUGAAUUAA